AUGUCCUUUUCAUCGCACGGGGAUGUUUCGCCCACAACCCUCACCUCGUCAACCUCACCCUGGCGCCGCGCGAGCCUCUCCAGCACGCACAGCAUGGGCCGGCAACAGCCUUCCAAGAUGCGCCGCCGCGCGCUUGCCGGAUUCUUCGUCUGUCUUGCUCUGUUCCUAUGGGCGACGUCGAGCUCGUACCGUGCACGCAUUACCUCCUGGCGAGAUACCGUCCAACAGGCGACAUUGCAGCACACGGACAAGGCCGGGGCGCCGAAGCUGCUUCGACUGUCGAUGCUGUACGGCGAGGAGAAUGAGUACUAUAAACGGGCGCUGGAGACGCAACAGAAGCACAGUGAGCGCUGGGGUCACGAGUUGAAAGUCCUGAGAGAGGACAUCUCAAUGGGAGCCUGGAACAGGCCGAGUUAUCUGCUGUCGACCAUCGUUCAAGAGCUGGCAAAGCCCCGCGAGGAGCGUGCCGAAUGGAUCAUGUGGCUGGACGCCGACAGCAUCAUCCUCAACCCCGCCAUCCCACCCGAAAUCUUCCUCCCGCCGCGCGAGCUCCCCGACAUCCACCUCGUCGCGACGCAGGACCCAGCCGGCCUCAACACGGGCCUCAUGUUCCUGCGCGUCCACCCUUGGAGCGUGCAGCUCCUCACUGAAGCGGCCGCCUACCACCUGUACAACCCGGGCGCCUACAUCGGCCUCCUCGCCGACCAGGAGGCGCUCCGCCGUGCGCUCCGCCGCCCCGACGCCGGCUGGAACAACCAGGGCUACCGGCCCAACGCCGUGUACAUCCCGCGCGCGUGGAUCAACGCGUUCGAGUGGAGCCGCGGGUACGAGGGCAACAAGGGCGACCUCCUCGUGCACUUUGCCGGUCUCAAGGAGGCAGACCGAUGGCAGCACAUGGCCGACUGGCUGGAUAUUGUGGGCAGGCACCCCGGCGAGUGGGAGGCGAGCCCGGAGGACACGGGUCUUGCGGCGAAUGCGACGCUGUACUGGGAGACGGUGCAGGCGGCGACGCAGGCGGUACGUGUGAUGGAGAACAAGGUGGCGGGCAUGCCGGGCGAGACGUGGGCGGAGCUGGAAGAGAAGGUCAAGUGGACGAAUGCGACGAAGGAGUUGCAGACGGUGCUGUGGGAGCAUGCGGAUGACGUGGAGCUGCUCCGGGCGACGGCGCGGGAUUUGGUAACGGGGGGGCUGUAG